CUAUUACGCAUCCGGGUGUUUGCUACAUCUGCGUAACGCCUACGUGAGCCUUUUGUGGCUUGUACCCCCAAAGUGGUCGCAGGCUAUGCGAUAACAUAUUGACAGGCUCUCCGUUAGGAAACGCCUGCAUAAACUGUCGCAGGGCAGACUAACUCUGAGCUAACAUGGGUGAAGACACCCGUUUUUUACAACGAAUCUGGCAGCCCAAGUAGAGGUGGGCAGGAUGGGGGAGCGGAGCGUGGGCAGCCCCGUGGCUGCGAUCUCUCCAGUGCAGCAGAUGCUGGCCUCUGGCACUGGAGCCCUCCUCACAUCUCUAUUUGUCACUCCGCUGGACGUGGUGAAGAUCCGGCUGCAGGCCCAGCAGACGCCGCUCCACCAAGCUUUGGCCUGUGAAUCUGCUCCGUGGGGCGCCGUCGGACGCUCGUCUAAAUGGAAGUGCUUCCUGUACUGCAACGGGCUGAUGGACCACAUCUACGUCUGCCAGAAUGGAACCAGCUGCACCAGUUGGUACAAAACCCCCACGCAUUUCAGCGGGACUCUUGAUGCUUUUGUGAAGAUCACUCGCCAUGAGGGAGUCCGGUCUCUGUGGAGUGGGCUGCCCCCAACGCUGGUCAUGGCGGUCCCAGCCACCGUGAUCUACUUCACCUGCUACGACCAGCUGCGUGACUUCCUGCUCUUCGGGGUGGGCCUGCAGGGCAGCCACGUGCCGCUCCUCGCCGGAGGCCUCGCCAGACUGGGGGCCGUGACGGUGAUCAGCCCUCUGGAGCUGGUGCGGACCAAGAUGCAGUCCCGGCGCCUGUCCUACGGCGAGCUGCGGGUGUGCAUCCGCUCAGCGGUGGCCCAGGGCGGCCCGCUGUCCCUGUGGAGGGGCUGGGGCCCCACCGUGCUCAGAGACGUGCCCUUCUCCGCUCUGUACUGGUUUAACUAUGAACUGGUGAAGGCCCAGCUCUGUGAGCAGUACGGGACGCCUCAGGCCAACUUUUCCAUCAGCUUUACAGCGGGAGCCGUCUCUGGAGCUAUUGCCGCAGUGCUGACGCUGCCUUUUGACGUGGUUAAGACCCGGAGGCAGAUCCAGCUCGGAGAGAUGGAUGGUCUUGGAGUUUCUGUGAAGAAGACGGCAUCCACCUGGCACAUAAUGAAGGAGAUCUGGGCAGAGCUGGGCUACAGGGGCCUUUUUGCAGGUUUUAUGCCCAGGGUGAUCAAAGUGGCCCCAGCCUGCGCUGUCAUGAUCAGCAGCUAUGAGUUUGGAAAGGCCUUCUUCCAAAAGAUGAAUCUUGAUCAGCAGCAGCUGGCCACCUGAGAGCCCCCCCGGUCCAGUCAGCUGUCAGCUUUACAAACGUUCAGGUUUUAUUUUCAGGACAGCUGGGGUCAAGAAGGAUGGACUCCAUGUAGUCUGUGAACAAAAAGGAGGAGGACUUGUGUUUUUGGGAGGGAAGCCUCUUUGCAGAUUUGCUCUUUGGAAGUUUUUCAAGCACAGGCUCCACCAGGAGCCCCCUUUCCAGACCUGAACCCUGAGGGACCACAGACUUUAUGUGUGUUUCAGUUGAUUCCUCACUGGUUUAAAAGCAGUUAUUCCUAAAGUUUCAGUCUGACCACAACCAUCUAAUCUACGAUGACGAACCUGAGCCCGCUAUGCAUGACAGAGACUGCUCCAUCCUGCCCCCCCCCACCGUAAACUUUAGGCCUGAGGCAGUGGAAGCAUGACGAUUCUGGUUGAUUAUCUGCUGUGUAGAUGAUUUACAAAUCUGUUUUGUAUGCAGGGUAAAUGUGAUUUUUAUGUUGAGUUGCAACACAAGAGCUUUGAAAUGAAAUGGCCUGUGAAACAAAAGUUUUGUAUGUUUUUUGUGUUGUUGUUUUCAGAUGUUUGCUCCUUGUUGAUAAAGUUCUGACAUGCAGCCUCAUACUGUGAGCAUAAAGCCUCUUCAAAAUCUCAAAGUUGGUGCAAGAAAUGUUGGACCUAAUUAUUUGUCCCCUUCUGUGCAUGAAGCAUUUAGUAACUAUUUCUACAGCUAAAUACAUUUCUGUAAAGAAACUGGAUUUGUCUUUGGUGAAAAAUAGACCUAAUGGCAUUCCGGUGAUGAAAUGCUUUUAAAUCCCACAAAGAAAAUCAUAAAACACACUGGAUCAUAAAACAUUGAAUUCAGCCUUAAUUUAACUGAUGUAAAUGUGUCUUGUUUUAUAUUAAUUGAAUCAUAUUAAAAGGCAAAAAAUGACUUUUAUGAA